AUGCGACACAUCCACGCUCGCAAUGAAGACUUCGUACUCCCAACGCGAGAACAGUCCACAGACACUGACCUACAUGCCCUUCUCAGAGUUGCAGAGCAAAUUAAAUACCAUGUGACUGCUCUGCAACAGAUCAAGAGCAGAAGGAGUGACGUACGGCAGGUGAAUGGCGGUACGGUCGUCAUUUGCGGAGAAGAGGUUUUGUCGCAAAAAGGGGGUGGUGGUUUUGUUGUGCAACCAUCAAAUCGUUCAUCUUUUCGAUUCUCACGAGAUCCUGUCACCUCGUCUGGCCUUUCUUUGCCCCAUCAAAAACCCAUCAGCAUCACUAUUUGCUACUCAUCAACAUCAGUAGCUGAUAUUUCCGAAUUGGGCGCGUUUUAUGAGGUGCUGGAAGAAGUGAUCCGCAACGAGAAGUUCUUUUACGAAUUUGUUGUUGGAAACUAUAAUGCGAAACUAGAAAACCUCACAGAAGGAGAGCACAGGAUUGGAAGGUUUGAAAAGGGGGGCCUGAAAGAAACGGCAAUCGUCUCGCCGAGCUUAUUCUCCAGUUCGCCUCUUUCAUAG